CACACUUGUAAAUCAACUAUCUGGCAACACUAGUCAGCACGUGUAAAGGAAAUUCUUCUGUUUAUUCCCCGCAAAAUGGAUGUUGUCAAAGAAGUUUUAGCCAAACACCAAAAAGAAUUGGACAAAUAUAAGCCCAUUACAGUUGAGAAGCAUUUGGAAUGUCGCCUGGACGUGGGAACCUUACUAAUCACAGACCCCAACGACUUGGAUGACCGGGAACUGAGGGAUAACAAAGAAGAGUACCUGACAGCCUUGACCCGGGACAAUACGCAGCUGCUGGUAAAUGCGAUCUGGGAACUGCCUACGGAGCGGGUGGAUGAGAGCAUCGUGGCCAAACUGCCGGAACCAACCACAGUACUACCUCGGCUCCGGAAGGUGCCUGGUCCUCGGCCUCUCACCAAGUGGGAGAAGUUUGCUAAAGAAAAGGGCAUUACCAAGAAAAAGAAGGAAAAGAAAACCUACGAUGAGACCAUGGAUAAAUGGGUGCCCACGUAUGGCUUCAAACGGGCCGAGGCUGAAAAGGCUAAGGAUUGGGUGCUUGAAGUGCCCCAGAAUGUGGAUCCAAACACAGAUAUGUUCCAGAAAAAGAUUGACCUGCGCAACGAAAAGGUGGCCAAAAACGAAAUUCAACGCAUGAAGAACAUUGUGCGGGCUAAGAAGGUUGAUAUGCCUCGCAGCGGCUACCUGGGACCUGAGGCGGCCUCUUCCAGUCAGCUACUCACAGCUGUAACUGUUGCCAAAUCGUCAACCGCCUCUGUGGGCAAAUUCCAAAACAAACUGCCCAAGGAGAAGGAGGCACGCGGACUGGGUGUGAAAGAAUUGAUACCAGGUGGCAAACGCAAGCAGUCACAUAUCUCACAGCAACCGGAAAAGGAGGCCAAUCUGGACCUUAUUAAGAGCGUGUUAAAUAAAAAACCGAAACUGGAUGUGGAAAAGGCGAUAUCGCUACAGAAACGUGAUGAUCGCUUGGCACGCGAGGCGGAAGGUGCCGAUCAACCCGCGAAAAAAGGCAAGCCUAAGGGCAAGGGCAGUCGCAAGGCUGUGGGCAAGAAACCCAAGGGUAACCGAGGACAGAGGGCACCUGGCAAGAAGGCGCAAGCUGGACGCAAACGUCGUUAGAAGAAAAUGUUUUAGGAAUUUUUUAUUAACAAAAAAACAACCCACACUUAUGCUUAAUAAAUCUUAGACAUAAAACAAUA